GGGUGCAUAUCUAAACAGACACGCACACACUGCGUAGAAUAAAAUAGCAGGUUGAGUCAUAUCUCUCUCUCUCUCUCUCUCUCUAUUAAUGAGUAGAUAUAUAUGGACCAUAGAAUGGCAGAGUCCACCCGUCUUUCGGCCAAGAUCCAGCGUUUCAUACCUCCACCACCUCCUUCUCUCCUAGACUUUUCCCGAGUACCCUCUACGUUUUUCUCUGCUUAUAUAUAGAGAGACACACUCAUAUAAUCAUAUAUAUGUAUAUAUAGGCCUCUCCAAGGCGUUCUUACACUGAGUGCCUGAGGCUUUGCCUUCUCUCUCUCUCUCCCCUUCCCGAAAAUGGGUAGCAAUAACAAAGCUAUCAGUCUCGAAGAAAUCAAAAACGAGGCCGUCGAUCUGGAAAGAAUUCCUAUAGAGGAAGUGUUUGAGCAGUUGAAAUGUACAAGAGAAGGUCUAUCAGCAGACGAAGGAGCCAAUCGGCUCAAUCUUUUUGGUCCAAACAAAUUGGAGGAGAAAAAGGAGAGCAAGAUCCUCAAGUUUUUGGGCUUUAUGUGGAACCCCUUGUCAUGGGUUAUGGAAGCUGCAGCUUUGAUGGCUAUCGCCCUAGCAAAUGGCGAUGGGAGGCCUCCAGAUUGGCAGGAUUUCGUAGGCAUUAUGGCCUUAUUGGUUAUCAACUCAACGAUCAGUUUUAUUGAAGAAAACAAUGCUGGUAAUGCGGCUGCGGCUCUUAUGGCUGGACUUGCUCCCAAAACUAAGGUUCUGAGAGACGGUCGAUGGACUGAGCAGGAUGCAUCAAUUCUAGUUCCAGGGGAUAUCAUAAGCAUUAAGUUGGGUGAUAUAAUCCCUGCUGAUGCUCGUCUUCUUGAGGGCGAUCCCCUGAAAGUGGAUCAGUCUGCUUUGACUGGAGAAUCUCUCCCUGUCACUAAAAACCCAUCGGAUGAAGUAUUCUCUGGUUCCACAUGUAAGCAGGGAGAAAUUGAAGCUGUUGUUAUUGCUACAGGUGUUCAUACUUUCUUCGGUAAGGCUGCCCAUCUAGUAGACAGCACCAACCAAGUUGGACACUUCCAGAAGGUUCUUACUGCAAUUGGUAACUUCUGCAUCUGCUCAAUUUUCAUUGGAAUAAUCAUCGAGAUUAUAGUCAUGUACCCGAUACAGCACCGCAAGUACAGGGAUGGAAUUGACAAUUUACUAGUUCUAUUGAUUGGUGGAAUCCCAAUCGCUAUGCCGACUGUUUUGUCUGUCACAAUGGCUAUUGGAUCCCACAGACUUUCUCAGCAGGGUGCAAUCACCAAGAGAAUGACUGCCAUUGAGGAAAUGGCUGGCAUGGAUGUACUUUGCAGUGACAAGACCGGGACACUGACCCUGAACAAGCUGACAGUUGACAAAAGCUUGAUUGAAGUAUUUGCAAAGGGUAUGGAUAGAGAGCAAGUAAUCCUGCUGGCAGCAAGGGCUUCAAGGACUGAAAAUCAGGAUGCCAUUGAUGCUGCCAUUGUGGGGGUGCUUGGAGACCCAAAAGAGGCACGUGCUGGUAUUAGGGAGCUUCAUUUUCUUCCAUUCAACCCCGUGGAUAAAAGAACUGCUCUGACUUACAUUGAUAGUGAUGGAAAUUGGCAUCGAUCUAGCAAAGGUGCACCAGAACAGAUAUUAGCCCUUUGUAACUGCAAGGAGGAUGUAAAAAGGAAAGUUCAUGCCGUAAUCGAUAAAUUUGCUGAACGUGGACUUAGAUCUUUGGCAGUUGCCAGACAGGAAGUACCCGAGAAAACAAAAGAGAGUCCAGGGGGACCGUGGCAGCUGGUUGGUUUGUUAGCUUUGUUUGAUCCACCCAGGCAUGAUAGUGCAGAAACCAUCAAAAGAGCUCUUAAUCUGGGUGUAAACGUAAAGAUGAUCACUGGGGAUCAGCUCGCCAUUGGCAAAGAAACCGGGCGCAGGCUGGGGAUGGGAACAAAUAUGUACCCUUCUUCUGCACUGCUCGGCCAAGACAAGGAUGCAUCCAUUGCAGCCCUUCCUGUUGAUGAGUUAAUUGAGAAGGCUGAUGGAUUUGCUGGAGUAUUUCCAGAACACAAGUAUGAAAUUGUGAAGAGGUUGCAAGAAAGAAAGCACAUAUGUGGCAUGACGGGAGAUGGUGUCAACGAUGCCCCUGCUCUAAAGAAGGCAGAUAUUGGUAUUGCCGUUGCUGAUGCUACUGAUGCUGCUAGAGGUGCAUCUGACAUUGUCCUCACGGAACCUGGGCUGAGUGUCAUAAUAAGUGCAGUGCUGACAAGCAGGGCUAUUUUUCAGAGGAUGAAAAACUAUACUAUCUAUGCAGUUUCGAUUACUAUCCGAAUUGUGUUUGGCUUCAUGCUUAUUGCUCUAAUAUGGAAGUUUGACUUUGCUCCGUUCAUGGUGCUUAUUAUUGCCAUCUUGAAUGAUGGAACAAUCAUGACUAUCUCCAAGGAUCGAGUGAAGCCAUCUCCAAUGCCAGACAGCUGGAAACUGCAAGAGAUUUUUGCUACUGGCAUUGUGCUUGGAGGUUACUUGGCCUUAAUGACUGUAGUAUUCUUCUGGCUUAUGAAAGAUAGAGACUUUUUUCCAGACACGUUUAAUGUCCGACCACUGAAAGAUAGUCCUCCUGAAAUGAUGGCAGCACUGUACCUACAAGUGAGUAUUAUCAGUCAAGCCCUCAUAUUUGUUACAAGAUCUCGCAGCUGGUCCUUUGUUGAACGCCCUGGAUUACUCUUGCUCGGUGCUUUCGUAAUAGCUCAGCUGAUUGCUACACUGAUUGCCGUCUAUGCCAACUGGGGAUUUGCAAAGAUAAAAGGAUGCGGCUGGGGUUGGGCUGGUGUCAUCUGGAUUUUCAGCUUGGUAACCUAUUUUCCACUUGACUUGCUCAAAUUUUCCAUCCGCUAUGUUUUAAGUGGAAAAGCUUGGGAUAAUCUUUUGCAGAACAAGACUGCCUUUACUACUAAGUCAAACUACGGGAAAGAGGAGAGAGAAGCACAAUGGGCUGCUGCACAGAGGACUCUACAUGGCCUUCAACCACCUGAAACUACUAAUCUUUUUUCUGACAAGACCAGUUACAGAGAACUUUCAGAAAUCGCAGAGCAGGCUAAACGGCGGGCAGAGGUUGCAAGGCUCCGGGAGUUGAAUACGCUGAAGGGGCAUGUGGAAUCAGUUGUGAAGCUGAAAGGAUUAGACAUUGAUACAAUCCAGCAGCAUUACACUGUUUGAACAAGGGCUUCAAAGGGCAAAAGGAUCUUGUUUGUAACCAGAAAAACUCCAUAAUUUCAGAAUCAUCAGAAGGCCAGUGGAAAACCACAUAUAUUGGAUUAAGGUGAUAUUCACCUGGCUCAUUUUGAGGUGCAGUUGUGUCUGACUUAAUGGAAAGUGCAUAGGAUAUGUUGUGUCCUCUUUAAACAAAAUAAUGUUGCACACAGUGUAUGUACUAGGUUUUUAUCACAUCUCUCUCUAAUAUCUAUGACAAAACAAUGUUAUGGAUAUUCACACAUAGCUUCGUGCUUUGCAUGUCUUGUGUUGCAAUUUCCUGGACUUUGAAAGACACCGGUUGGUUAGCCCGCGCCAACAAAACUUCUACUCCAAUAUGCAAGUUUUGCAAAUUUUUUGUUUUAUUUUUGGUGGAUACAACUUCAAUAUGA